AUGACCAAGGCCAACUUAACAUCAAUGAGUGGCUUCUUCCUCAUGGGGUUUUCUGAUGACCGUAAGUUUCAGAUUUUACAUGCACUGCUGUUUCUGGUGACGUACCUGCUGGCCCUGACAGGCAACUUCCUCAUUAUCAUUAUCAUUACGCUGGACCAUCAUCUUCACUCUCCCAUGUAUUACUUCUUAAAGCACCUUUCCCUUCUGGACUUAUGCUUCAUCUCUGUCACAGUUCCCCAGUUCAUUGCAAACUCACUUACAAACAAUGGUUACAUUUCCUUUGGUCAGUGCAUACUUCAAGUUUUCUUUUUCAUAGCUCUGGCCUCAUCAGAAGUAGCCAUCCUCACAGUGAUGUCUUAUGACCGGUACGUGGCCAUCUGUCAACCACUUCACUAUGAGACCAUUAUGUAUCCCAGAGCUUGUAGGCGUGCAGUGAUAGCUGUGUGGAUUGCUGGGGGCAUUUCUGGACUCACACACACAGCUGUGAAUUUCUCCAUACCUCUCUGUGGGGACCGAGUCAUACAUCAGUUCUUCUGUGAUAUUCCUCAGAUGCUGAAACUUUCCUGCUCUUAUGAUUUCAUUAAUGGAACUGCGGUGGCUGCAGUCACAACUUCAACUGCAUUUAUCUGCUUGAUUUCCAUUGUGCUCUCCUACAUCCACAUCUUCUCCACAGUCCUGAGGAUCCCAUCAGCUGAGGGACGGACCAAAGUCUUCUCCACCUGCCUACCUCAUUUAUUUGUAGUCACAUUCUUCCUCUCAGCGGCAGGCUUUGAGUUUCUAAGGCCACCCUCAGAUUCUCUAUCUGCUACGGACCUCAUGUUCUCCAUAUUCUAUGCUGUUAUACCUCCUACACUCAACCCAGCCAUUUAUAGUUUACGCAAUGAAGCCAUGAAGGCAGCUCUGAGGAAGGUGUUGUCCAAAGAAGAACUUGCCCAGAGAAAGAUGGAUUUAAAAGCCAUUUUUAAACUCUAA